AAGAAUUUAGGGCAGCCAUGAACACUGUGAUCACAUUUGUCGUAUGCGCAUGCGUGAUGGCAUCAUCACUGGUGACGUCACUUCCGGCUGAUUAUCCCAUCCCACAACUGCAUCACUAUGAACCAACUGACGCCUGCCUAUUUAUGUGCAGCAUGUGCUUUGACGACAUGCACGCGGAAGAGAUGAUGAAUUGUGCGAAUCGUGUGUGUUUCGCCACACACCCGACCGAAAUGGCGAUAGGAAUGUUCAAACUGGGGCAAUCGUGCAAGAGCAGUAUUUCCCUCCCACACUUUGGCUUCGAGGGCAAACCGGCCGAGAAAUAAAAUCGCGUGACUCGUUCAAAACACUUUCGGACUGCCUUAUUAACGACCGUAUCAUA